GGACAAAAUCCUCCCGUCGUCUCGUCCCGUAGCAGCUCGCCCAAGCCAACUGCGUCCACCGGGAUCGCGAUGGAGAGCUGGGUCCGCGCGGUGGUGGAGGCCAUCUACUCCUCUCGCUCCCAGGCGGUCAUCUACCUCGCCGGCGGCGCAUCUCAGGCGCUCGGCUGGCUCCUGUCCGUGCCCGGCGCGUCGGGCACCGUCCUCGAGGUCGUCGUGCCCUACUCCAGGGCCUCCAUGGCGCAGCUCCUUGGCAAGAUGCCCUUGCAAUUCACCAGCAAGCAGGCUGCAGAGGACAUGGCACUGGCCGCGUACAACCGAGCACUCAAGCUUUCUGGGCCAGGUCUGCAAGUUAUGGGUGUUGGAUUUACAGGGUCACUUGCAAGCUCACGUCCAAAACAUGGUGACCACAGGUUUUAUGUGUCAACGUGGACUCACAAUUGCCUCAGGACAUCACAUGUUACCUUGUCAAAGGGUUUACGGAGCAGAGAGGAAGAAGACGAGGUUUCAAGCUGUUUUUUGCUUAAGGCAAUAGCAGAUACCUGCAGAGUAUCUGCAACUAUUCAGUCAGGCAUUCAAGAACCUGAACUUCCAGAAGAAAGCACGGAACAAUUUGAUGAAGAUCAAGAGCUCCAACAAGUCAUUGAUGGGCAAGUUUGCAUGAAAGUCUAUCAUUUUGCCGCUCCAGUGGAAACGAACUUCAAUAGGAAAGUAAUUCUACCUGGUUCAUUCAACCCCUUGCAUGAUGGCCACCUUAAGCUGUUGGAAGUUGCAUCAAGCAUGUAUGAUGAUGGGCUUCCAUUCUUUGAGAUAUCAGCAAUCAAUGCCGAUAAACCUCCACUAUCUAUUCCAGAAAUUAAGAGGCGUGUUGAGCAAUUUAGAAAAGCAGGGAAGAAUGUGAUAAUAUCUAACCAACCAUACUUCUAUAAGAAAGCGGAGCUUUUCCCAGGAAGUGCUUUUAUAAUUGGUGCAGACACUGCAGCUAGGCUUGUUAAUCCCAAGUAUUAUGGAGGAGAUUACAAUAGAAUGCUGGAGAUACUUCUCAAAUGUAAAAGCACAGGUACCACUUUUCUUGUUGGUGGUCGAAUGAUUGAAGGAGUUUUCAAGGCCCUUGAGGAUUUAGUCAUUCCAGAGGAGCUGAGCGACAUGUUCAUCUCCAUACCAGAGGAAAAAUUUCGCAUGGAUAUUUCAUCUACUGAAUUAAGGAAAAGCCAAGGUCUCUGAUGUUUUAGACAUGGUCAUAUUCCAGAUUCAAGUUGACUCUCCACAGUACACAAACAUUUAAGGAAGGUUGUCAGUUCUGUGAGCACGGAGGGUGGCCUCUGGUGCAUGGCGGGGGCCUCCAAGCUCCAGGAACUCAUGUCCAGGUUGUCCAGGUCGCUGCCUCUUGGAGCUUAAGCUCUGAAGGGCUGCUGGUUGUCUGUUUUGCUAUUCCGUGGUGCGACCGUGAGUUUUGGUUUUCUGUAAGUGUGUGGGUGUGUUUAUGUGUGUUUGUGGGGUUUGCCUGGUACUCGGGUUGGGUCUUUCUAGACUUGUGUACUUUUAUUUCUACCUUAAUGAAAUGACGCGCAGUUCUCCUGCGUGGUUCAAGAAAAAAAGGACACUAGUUUCUUUGCUGCAGAGCCCUGCCUAGUGUCUUGUAGCCAAUAAUUUUUUUCCAGUAUAUCCCACAGCAUAUACCAAGAAUGAAGAGUAAAACACAUAACACUAGCGUUUCACAUGUUAGAAGACAAUGAAUGAUGAAUGUCAUGUAAUCAUGUUUAUAUUCCUUUUUUUCCCUAGACGAUUAGGCAAUCUUAGCUAUUUGUCUUGCUGAGUCCAUAUUGGAUGCUCUUUUUUCAUGUGCUGUACUUAUACAAACCCAUGGUGUCAGAGUUGAAAGAGAAAACACCACUCAAUUCUUAUUAAUGAUCUGCUUUGUUGAGAUUACAACAUUAUAGUUCAUUUCAUAUUGAUUGUGAAGUCUUGAAAAUAUGCUUGUAUCCAUGCAUUGAUAGGUACAUUUGAAUGCUGACAGUCUGAAUUCUCCAGGCUCAGUUGAAGCUACUUCUUGCUUUUCUGGUUCAAACACCUUUGUACAAAUUACAAUAGGACCAUUUUCGCUGGAAGCAAUCAAAUGAUAGCUCAUUCCCUUUCGAGGGAAUCAUUGAUGUAUCUUCAGGGAGUAUAUCUUAUAUAGGUUUUGACUUGACAGGGCCUCUUGGUAUUUUGUUGAGCAAAUUGGAAUCAAUCCUCUUAUAGAACCUCUUGAUGUCUUCACUACCUCUUGCAGCUAGAUGGUCCACCUCUGUCUCAUAUCUUUGGUACAAUGCUGGCAAAGUGUGAGCACACAAAAAUCCUGUGGAAGUAAGUUGUUCAGACUUGUUAAAUGUAUUAUAGCAAUUGGUUUGUAUGAUCUUUGUGUGUUCAUCUUGUUAAAAAUUACCGCAGUACUCACCGAGAUAUAGUAGACUUGUGAAGCUGUAAGAACUUCCAAUCUCAGACAAUAUUAGCAGUGAAAAGAUCACCUUAAUAUUAGAAACAGCAUAUUGUUAGUCUAAGGUUAAAGUGUUGUAAAUUGCCCAAAAACACUAUAAAAGUGAUGAAAAAUAAAGGCAAAAUAAUGGGUUGCAGUUCAGUUA